GGUCUCUUCCUUCCUCACCUUUUUCCUCAUGUUCUCUCCCCAGGUGGGUGAAACAGCAGUGUGAAUUUGCAAAACAAGCCCAGAACCCAGACCAAGGCCCUAAAUUGGACCUGGGCUUCAAGGAGGGCCAGACCAUCAAGCUCAACAUCGCAAACAUGAAGAAGAAGGAAGGAGCAGCUGGGAAUCCCCGAGCCCGGCCUGCCAGCACAGGAGGGCUGAGCCUGCUUCCCCCUCCCCCAGGGGGGAAAACCUCCACCCUGAUCCCUCCCCCUGGGGAGCAGUUGGCUGUGGGGGGAUCCCUCGUCCAGCCAGCAGUUGCUCCCAGUUCAGACUCGGGAACAUCAGUAGGAGGUGCUCCUGUACCCUGGCCACAGCCCAAUCCUGCCACCGCUGACAUCUGGGGAGACUUUACCAAAUCUACAGGAUCAACUUCCAGCCAGACCCAGCCAGGCACAGGCUGGGUCCAGUUCUGACCUGAGCACAGUUUUUCCUCAUAUGACUUCUGGGAAGGCGCUCCCUUGUCUGGGCCAAAGGAAGGAGGACGAAGCCCUCCUCAGCUGGCCGGUGUUUGGAGCAUGAAUCUCUCCUCUCCUCCUUGUCUGGCUUUGUUGACAAACUGGGUAUGUUUGGCAGUAAAUUGGCACCGUGUCACACUGUUUCCUGGGAUUCAAGUAUGCAACCAGAACACAGGAGAAGAAAAGCUCCAGGAUCCCUGUCCCCAUCUGUCCUCUUGACAUGAGAGACUCUGAGACUUCUUCCAUCGCAAUGACCCGUAUUAAACACAAGCCCCCAAAGCAAAAGAAUAGGUUGAGUUUGCUGCCUAGAUUCAGAUCAGCCCUUCCCAGGGUCUACAGGUGUCACAUGAUCACAGUUCAGCAGGAGGCUUUCCGUACCUAACACUGGCUGUAGCCACUUCAGUUCAUCUGCCCUCUAGAGGAGGGGUUUCUUCCUGAUUUUUAGCAGGUUUAGAGGCUGCAGCUUGAGCUACAAUCAGGAGGGAAACUGGAAGGAUUAGCAGCUUUUAAAAAUGUUUAAAUAUUUUGCUUUGCUAAUGUGCUGAUCAGCACUAACUCAUCUUUGCAAAAGGAACUGCUCCCUCAGCGUGCCCCAGCAGGGGCCUCUGAAGGGUUUCCUCACUGUGGGCAGCUGCCCUGAGCUUCAGGCAGCAGUGUUCAUCUCUGGCCAGUUGUCUGGUUUCCACGUAUUCUAGGCCAGGUAGGCAACACAGAGCCAAGGUGGGUGCUGGAAGCCAGACGGAACAGUGUUGGGGCAGGAAGGUGGAAGCUGUUGUCAUGGAGCUGUGGGAGUUGGCACUCUGCUCAUGGCCCUCUCGGCUCACAGGUUCACAGUGCAGCUCCUGGCAGACUUAGGUUUUCUCUUUGGUGGUUUCUAAAGUGCCUUAUCUGCAAACAACUUCUUUUCUCCUUCAGGAACUGUGAAUGGCUAGAAGGAGCUCAGUAAACUAGAAGUCCAGGGUUGCUUGGUUUACUGGUUUAUAAGAAAUCUGAAAGCACCAUUCAAAUUCCUUUUAUUAACUCACCUCUCAGUUGAAAGAUUUCUUCUUUGAAAGGUCAAGACCGUGAGCUGACAAAAGUGUUGGCCUUUUUGCGGGACCAGAUUUUUAAGAUAAAAUAAAUAUUUUUACUUCUGUCA